UACAAUAUAUUACAAUCAUGCUACUCAUAUUUUAAACUUUUCGUUAUAAACAGUAUUUUAGGACAUGAAAAAUACAUAGAACAUAUAAAAAAAGUAUAAGGAGACUGUUCAAAAGUAACAUUGGGAACGGAAUAGUGAGUGUAAUAUUUUAUCUAACAAUCUUAUAACAGAGUGUGUGUUCAAGUGAUCAUUAUAUUUAUUCGCUGAUCGGAAAUGGAAAGAUGUGAAUUGUCUGAGUAUUCGUGUGGAAAUUUUACAUAAUUGGCGUGAUUUAUGGAAGGAACGAUGCGUCAAUAUGCAACGCUUUGUUGGCAGCAAAACAUGUAUAAGAUAUAAGUGAUUCUCGCUCAGGAAGCGACUAUAACAGAAGCUAUUUUGUAAUACAUGAAAUUGUGGCUACUGGAGAAUAACCUGAUGCUAGUUAAUUCAUCAACAUAGAGUUCAUGCGUUUGUUCCAAUAGCAAACUAAAUAUUGGUCUAAGUAAAAUGCGUCUUGCCUCGAAUCAAUGUCGAAGAAGAAAGCAAUACAGCGCCUCUAGUUUUAAAAUGAGUAGAACUUGGAACUCAGGAUAUUCCCGUUAAGUUGGUCAUCAAAGGAUCGCAAGGUAGGCUGACAUAUCUAUCAUUCUAUUGAAGUAUACAAAUUAAAGGUUUUAAGUAAUUAGUUAAACAACACAGGUUAGGUAAGAUUGACUAUAAAGCGGAGUAACAUACCCGGGAAUAGUAAGAAUAUGUUUCAAGUUUUUGUACAACUGGAGCUUGAAAUUAAACGUGCUCAUAUUCUGUGAAUGUUUGUUUGUUUUGGGUUUUAACGGCGUUUUUCAACAGUAUUUCAGUCAUGUAACGGCGGGCGGUUAACCUAACAAGUCUUCCUGGAUUCUGUACCAGUACAAACCUGUUCUCAGCAAGUAGCUGCCAACUUCCCCGCAUGAAUUAUCAGAGGUGGAGGAAUGUGAAUGUGUUUAUUGUUAUUUUAAUACAAAAUCCGUAUUGUAAUUCAAACAUCCAGUAACUGUAAACGCAGUGAAACACAGUGUUACAAAUUAUUUAUUAAGAUUACAUUUGCAUAUUUCAUCAUACUUUUUUAUCUGAAAAAGAUCAGUGUUACGAAAUACAUGUACUAAUUAUGCUUACAUUUGUACUUUUCAUGAUACUUUUUAUCUGAAAAAGAUAGAAAGGUAAUUAAAAGUUUAAAUGACUUUCCUUGCCGAAGUUUAACAUCUUAUAUAGAUUUGCAUUUGUUUUGUCGAGUCACUGCUUGUAGAGUUUCCACUUUUAACUUUAUAUUCGACGAAAAUUGUACUGCGUUUCUAGGCAAUGAUUUAAAGUGAUCAAAUUAGAAUAAUUUCAUCUUUGCUAUGAAUUAUCAUGGUAAAUCGAAUCCCAGUGUUUCACAUUAAACUUAACUUGACAUUUGUCCAUUUUGUAAGACAUUUAUAUAUUCGAAACCCCAACAUAACAGGGGAAGGCAAGAAGUGUAUGUCAACGUCAAAUUAUGUAGAUUUAUCAGCGGAUUCUAUAUAACAACAGCAGCAGCAGCAGCAGCAGCAGAGGCAGCUGCCAAAACAACAAGAGCAACAACUAGCAUUUGUACUUUUAACGAUGUUAAAGUCAAGAAUUAAUUUACUUUCUUACUGUCAUUGAAUAAAUGACAAAAUUUAGAUUCAAUUCUGUGCAAGGUAACGCUUAGAGUGCUGCAUUUCUUGAAAUAUAUGGCACUCAAAGACGCAUUGUGGUAAAACAAAAUGCGGAUAAAUCCAUAAUUUUAUCUAACCAUUGAUGCACAGCAGAACGUUAUUAAAUCUUUAUUUUGUUUUAAGAUAUCUAAUAGUUAUCAUUCACGAAAAUACUAGUAUUUCAUAUUUAAAGGUCCAAUACUAAGGAAAGUGAACAUUUUAAUUUCUUUUAAAAAACACGGAAACUAUUUCAUUUUAUUGGAAAAUGAAAGUUGGUAUGUAGAAAUUCGAAAUAAAUCGCAGUAUAUGUACAAUUAUUUUUCUAUGAAGUAUGAAGAAAGUUAAAAAGACCUGGGGGGUCAUUCUGUCGAUUCAUUGAAAUUUCAACAUAAUACACAUACAUUUCUUUGAGUUCCAAAGACCUUCUGUAAAUUUUGACCUGCCAAUCUUCAUUAUUUAGUGUCUUGCAGAAGUCUAUGCACUGGCUAUGAAAAAAAUUGCCUACUCACUUUCCCUUAGUAAUGGACCUUUAAAAAAUCUUUAUCAAAUAUAUCUAACUUUACUAAAUAUAUGAAUUAACUGUGUACGUAAAAGCUGCAUUCAUAUUUAAAUACCAUGCCGUAGCAGUCGGCUGUUUAAAAACACUUCCAGUUUUUUAGUGGUAGUACACAUUUAUAUACUAUAUUCAGCUAUACAUGUAUACAGCGUGUACUUCUUCUAACAUGAUGCAUAGUACUGUUAAAACACAUAACUUGUCAGGGCCGUAGGAGCAGAGAGAGAGGGGGCAGGGGGCCGGACCCCCCCACCCCAAUAAUUUGACCGAUAAUUGUAAUUAUCGUAGCAAUUUUUUGACAGCGAAUCAAUUUAACUGAUUUUUAUAAUGUGUGCCCCAACCUCCCCCACUGUCUGAAAAUGCUUCACACGGUCCUGCUUGUUAUUUUUUUUGCUUACAUCAACUAUAUUUUUCUUUUUUUUCAUAUUUUCAAAUAUGAAAUUUGGGUCUAGUAUACAUGUAUCUUUAAUCGCACAACAGUAAUCAAUUAAUAAAAUAACAGUCUAUUGACACACUGGUAGUAAAUGCUUUAACAAUAUGCGUAAAGAGAAUUAUGAUCACACAUUACGGAGAUUUUGACAACCCUGUCAUUUUUCCAUGCGGAUUACGUUUGACAAUCAAAGGGAUAUUUAUCAUUCUGUAAAUCCGUUCGAAAGGAUUUUGAAAAUAAGAUUAGUUGUAAGGGGAUUUUGAAAAAAAAAAAUUCCUUGUUAAUGUUAAUAAAGGAAGUAGAUUGUUCGUAUAUUGUUUAUUGUUUCGCAGGGUUGUAUCUUUGUGGUAAUCUAUACGUUUUAUUAUUGUAGUACAUUUCUUUACGUGUAUUAAGAUUAUACAAGAAUGUAAAUUUUGGAUAGAUUAAACAUGAAUGUAAAUUUGGGAUGAAGCUUGAUGUAAUAACAUUCUCUCUGUAAUUUCUUUAUGGGGGUAUAUGUUAAUAGUCAGAAAGCUAUUUCUUACUGGAUAUGAGGUUUAUAUAUGUAUAUAUAGGACCACGGAAAUAAACUAAUAGUGUUAAUAUGCUAUACAUGUAUAAUCUCUCUCACGCAACGAAACACAUGUAAGCGAUACACUUCAUUACACUUUCUAUAUCAAGUAAAAUUUAUAUCGAUCUAGUUUAUGACUACAGAUAUAUAGCGCAUCUUCGGAUGACUUUAAUGUAUAAAUGUAAAAUAUAUUAAAUUUUGUAUUAUGUUAUAGAUAUAGUGGAAAGAAAUAAGGUAAAACCUAAGACUAACUCUAAGACCGCAAAUUUAGAUGUCUUUAAAAAGCACACGUACUGGAAGCUGGAAUAAAGAUGACAGGACUAAAUCUGGUUACGAGAUACAAGAGACAGAUGGUGAAUAUGAGAUAGACGGAGCUGAAGUGGAUCUGCGGCCAUUUAGAUACAUGGUAGGAGGACACAGCUAUGUGCUGGAAGUGUCAAGGUCGGUAAUAUGCAAGAAUUAUAGACACGGGGAAGCUUCUUUCUACAAGUGUUUGCCGGAGGAGCUUAAAAGUUUUACUCCUAGGUAUUUAGGAGAAAUAUAUGUUACUUUACAUGAAGUGGGUGAUCGCAGGAGGUUUAUAGCGAAAAUACCACAAAAUAUUGCACAGAAAUGUCGGUUACUUGAAAAAGAACAUGAUGACAACAACGAACAUGUAGACCACGCUGCACUUCCGAAUACAGAAGACAGUAAAUGUUGUAUGAAAGAUAAUGAAGAUAAAAGAUAUGGGAUGAGAACACAUUUGGAGGAAUGGAGCAACAGAUGUUUGCAUAGACAUAACAAGGCCGCUGGUACCUGGGAAAAUAAACAAACCAAAAAGUUUCUUAUGUUGGAAAAUUUAAUGCGUGACUAUGACUGUCCUAGUAUCAUUGAUAUAAAACUUGGAAAGUAUCCGAAGGUAGAUGGCGCUGAACCUGACGAAAACUGUUUUCAAACUGAUAGAACGGACCAGAGAAUAAAGUUUCGGAUAGACGGUUUCAAAAAGUUUGAUGUAUCCACCGGUACCUAUACUGUUGUACAUAAAGAUAUAUCACGCAACUACAGCAUGAAAAAAGUGAUAGAGGAUAUCGGAAACUUCUUUCAUGACGGGAGGCAAGUUCGAGCUGAUGUCAUUAAUACAAUAUUAGAUAGGUUGGACGCUUUACGACUGGUUCUCAGUACUGGAAAGGAAUGGACAUUUAAUGCUGCCUCUUUAUUGCUGAUGUAUGAUAAUGUAAAUAAUCAUGAUACUGUUAAAUACAUGGAAAAGACGUGCAUAAAGGGCGGUAACUCUAAAUGUGACACGUGUAUGAAGGCGAUUAAUGUUGAAUAUGACAAAUUUACGAGAGCUAAUGGUGAUAAUUGUGACAAGGUUGUUAACAAAUAUACAUUAGAAUCAGCUACACAACUGAGGAAAAUGGACAUAAUGAAGUUAAACGGUGCAUGCAUAGAAACAAAUGUGUCUCGGGAAAUAAAAGCAGGCUAUGCAACUGUCUGUAAUACUACUGCUGAAGGUUCUUGUGCAACUUUAAAUACAGUCCUUGACAGUUUUAACCAUAAACAUGAAAAUGUAAAAGCAGAUGUAAAACUUAUUGAUUUUCUGAAAACAACUGUUUGUAAACAUUUAGUUGAUGAAAAUGAUAAUGAGGUGAAAGGGAUCGCCUUUGAGAUAUUGAAACUAAAGGAAAUUUUGUUACAGAUUUUGUGUAAAGACAAUAUGUAAGACAAUUAAAUAUGAAUGAAAAUAG